UGUUCAUAAUUACCUAUAAACAACCAUACACACAUCUCUAUCUAUCUAUCUAUCUAUAUAUCCAGGUCCUAACAAAACCCAGCGUUCGUAUAUGCGUAUAUUGGAAUGCCAAAGAGGGGUCAUAGGGACCUUGCUAAACCCAUCUAAACGUUCUGCAACGGAACGGAAGCGUUCUUAUCUUUUUCUUGCGGUGUACAUUUUGAGUAUUAUCGCCUUUUGUUGCCAUUUCAUUCAUUUUAUUAGUGGCUGGAUCGCUCUCUUAUUUGUGCAGUUGGCGCAGAUGAUUAUCACGAUUAUUUACGCCUUCAGCAUUUACGAUUACGGCGAUAAGCAGACGAGCGCGAUGGAAUGCGAGCGCACUUGUAAUCCGCUAUUGGAUGUUUACUUGGUGAUUCGAGUGAUCCAAAUAGUGCAAUCAAUCUGGCUUAGAAGUUAUAUAGCCAUCCUUAUGUUUGCAUCUUCUCUCAUCUUUUUUAUUUGGCGGCUGAAGAAGGGUUGCCAAUACGUUGACGCAACGAGCCUAUGGAGGGAUUUGAAAAAACACGAGCUUGAGAGCUACAUUAGCCUCGCGACCGAUGUCACGUUAAUUGGAGCUGUUCUCAUAACAAUGAUUUUUUCUAUUAUCAGUAAAUAUGAUUAGAUGAUAGGAGUUGACAACAAUUAUGAAGCAGCUUUGGUUCGUUAGUGUAUUCUUCGGUUUUAAAUCUUGUUUUUUUGAAGUUUAUGUUAUGAAAAGCUAUUGGGUGUAUUUAUAACAACUCGGACUUCUCAUAUUUAAACCAACAAAUGGAAUAUAUUGAUAUUAUCGAUUGAUAUUGAAAGUAAUUAAUUCUCAUAAUAAAAAAAUUAGUUUCAAUUUCAAAUCAAAAUACAUAACAGGCGAAUAUAUGUAUUUAGAUGAAUA